UAAUAUUUAAAGUCGUGAAUCAGUUUACAGUUUAUUAUUGUUGCAACAUCCACGACAACAUGACGAAACUGGUUCAGAUAUCUGUGUUACUGACCACCAUUCUACUCGGAGAAGUGAACUCAGUGACGAUAUUCCAAGGAUUAAGUAUCAAGAAAGGCAUUGAUAUCUCACUCAUACCAUUUCCAAUUAAACCUAUAGCAUUUAUAAAAGAGAAAUGGACACCGUUCGGUAGUUUUGGAAUGAAACACGAAAUUGCCAAGAGGGAAGAUAUAAAUAUAAAAGAGCCAGAAGUGAUUGUCACACCAGUGCCAGUACCUGCCUACGUUGUGCCUGAAGUUCCUCGACCAGCAAUUCUUCCAGUAGCACCAGUAGUAGAGCAUCAUGAUGAAGAAAUCAUACAUGAAAAAGUCGAACAAGAAAUACCUCUUGUUACGCCCUCCGCGGCACCAGUGGUUGAAAAUAUAGUAUCCGAAACUCCAAUCGUACCAGUAGAAGAGCCAGCACCAAUAGUGCACAAAGAAGUAAUUGUCGUUCCGACAGAAGCGCCCCCCGUACUUAUAACGCCAGUUCCUCCUAUUCCAAUUCAAGCUCCACCUAUAGUAUUAGUUCCUACACCUAUUCCAAAUAAUCUUAAUACAGACAUAUCCCGUGUACCAUCAAUCAAUAAUUACUUGAAUAGUGUUGAGAAAUCGGUUCCAGUUAUUGUACCACCAGUUCAAGAGGUUAAGGAGACGCCGCCUCCCUCUUUGUUCUCGGGGUUUUUGCAACGAGAUGGCCUAAGAAAUGGAUCGAAACUAGCUAUACAACUCGGCAGCGCUUUCCUGCACUUCAUGACUCAGGUAUUUAAUAAUCCGCGCACGCCAUUUGCUUAGUAUACGGAAUGAUAAAGAAAAUUAGAUUGAUACAAAAAAUUUAGGUCAUAAAUGCAAUACAUACAUUACUUUAAUGGGGGCGUUUCUCGAUAAAUUCCUUUAACGGCGGUAACCAUUUCUAUAGUACUGCCUAAAAUCGUUUUGUUCAAAAGGUCCCGGGCCAAAACCGCUUAGUCUGUGCUUUCUUUGUCGAAAACCGCUCAGACUAUGGCCGCCUGGGCCGAAUCCACUAAGGCCGUAAUGAUUUUGGCCAAAACCACUGAGGCCUGGAGCUGCCCCAUGAGCGAGGUUAUUUUGUCUAUAAUAUGUACCUUCAAUGCCUCGAUUGAUGUUGUUUAAAUUGGUAUUCAAACCGCUCAGAGUAUGGCCGCCAUGACCGAUUCCACUGAGACCCGAUGCUGCUUCAUAAGCGAUGCCAUUGUGGCCAAGUUGUCUAUAUCCACCUCCAAAACUUGGACUUCCAUUUCCCAAGACGUUAAAACCGUUAUAGUAGCCUCCGUAGCCGCCGCGAUAAUAGGCGCUUACAUCAGGGACUAACAAGGUCAGUGCAGAUACUAUAAGUGUGAACUGAAAACAAUAUUGUUAUCAUAGUAAUUUAUACAUAUAUUGAAGUAUAGAAGUGUUAGAAAAUACUUUAAA